AUGAAUUGGAAUUACACAAAUCAAUUUCCAUCUACGAGCUGGACUCACUACCCAGCUCAGUAUGAUCCACUCGAUCCGGCGGUUCAAUUUCUCCAUCAUCCUCUUCAGCCACCAGAGCUCCCCGAGCCAGAAAGAGUUUCAUUCGAGCCAGUGUCCUACCAACUCCAGCCACAUGAGCGACCCCUCUAUCCGGAACCGCUACCCCUUGGGCCAGUGAACGGAUCUAUUCCCCAGUCGCUAAUGCAUCAUCAAGAUGAUCUGGGCAGCUGCGACUCUCGAGAUAACAAGUCUGACGAUGCAAAGUCGCUGAAAAUCUACCCAUGGAUGCGGCGCAUGCACUCUGCUCAAAUGGCUGCAGAACAAUCACAAAAACAAGGAAACGAUAAUAAACGAAUCAGAACAGCGUAUACGAGACAUCAGACAUUGGAACUAGAGAAAGAAUUCCAUUUCAAUCGAUACCUGACGCGCAAGAGGAGGAUCGAAAUUGCAACUACUCUUCAGUUGUCUGAGAGACAAGUCAAAAUAUGGUUCCAGAAUAGGAGAAUGAAAUGGAAGAAAGAACACAAAUCGAACGGAAAAAAUGCACAAGAAUAA